UCUUGAUAAGUGGCGCUGGUAUCGCGGCUGGUGCAGAAAAUGUGAACCUAGAUAUGCAUAGAAAAUAGCCUCCUGAUACUAUUUUGACGUUUCCAGGAGGCACUAUUGAGCUGUUAUAAUUUAGUUCGACUUAUACCCACCGGAUCAGAUAACCUUAUUGUAAACGAGACAAUACCACGGGAGACAUCUUUAAAUGCCUACCUUCGAUAUUACCUAUCCCUCCCGGGUACCAAGGCGAUGUGCCACCAAGGCGGCUGCGGGGCUUGCAUCGUGGUAGUACGGGCGGAGCGGCCCACAUCCGGCGUGAAAGAAACAUUUUCUGUUAACUCUUGCCUAGUUCUCGUAUUCUCAUGCCACGGCUGGGAGAUCACAACUAUCGAAGGGGUUGGCAACAGACUGUGCGGUUACAGCGACGUUCAGAAGAGAAUCGCUGCGUUCAAUGGAACGCAAUGUGGGUACUGUACUCCCGGCUGGGUUAUGCAAAUUACUAGCCUGCUAGACAAGCAUCUCACAAUGAAGCAGAUGGAAGACUCAUUAGGCAGUAAUACAUGUCGCUGCACCGGCUAUAGACCUAUACUGGAUACCGCAAAGUCCUUAGCAAUAGACGCAAGUUCAGAUCUAUGCGCUAAAAUCAACGACAUAGAGGAUUCACACACAUGUAAAAAGGAAUGCAAAAGGAAAUGCUCAAGUAUCAGCGAAAAUGACUGGUGUAUAAUAGAUAAGUUGGAAAUAAAUGAAUCGAUCAUAUCUUUAAAUUUUGGUGUUACAAAAUUUUACAAAACUUUCACUGAAGAAGAAAUUUUUCAUGUUUUAUCGCAUUGCGGUGAUGAUUCUUAUAUGUUUGUUGAUGGGAAUACAGCAAAAGGUGUUUAUAAAACCUACGAAUACCCUAGAAUACUGAUAGACAUAAGUGACGGCAAAUCACUGAAGACGUAUGUAUUCAGUCAGAAUCUCGUCCUAGGAGCUAAUGUUAGUCUAGAAGAUUGCAUCACGAUAUUCACAGAGACAGCAAAAAGAACGUAUGGAUUCGCAUAUUUGGCGGAAUUAGCUAAACAUAUAAAACUUGUGGCGCACAUUCCUGUUAGAAAGAUCGGCUCCAUAGCUGGUAAUUUAAUGCUUAAACAUAUGAGACCAGAUUUUCAAUCGGAUAUAUUUUUGCUAUUAGAAACGGUAGGCGCUUAUGUGACUUUGAGAAAUUCCCGUAACAAAAGACUAUCGUUGUCUAUGAUAGAUUUCUUGAGCUACAACAUGCGAGGUCAGCUGAUGUUGAACGUGGAACUCCCACCAUUAGGAGAAAAUAAUAUUGUUAAAACUUAUAAGAUACUACCACGUAACCAGAACGCUUUAGCAAUUGUCAAUGCUGGAUUCCUUCUAAAAGUAAACGCGCAUAACGUAAUUACAGAAGCAAGGAUUGUUUACGGCAAUAUAUCGCCGGACUUCAUACAUGCACAUCACACGGAGCAAUAUUUAUUAGGAAAGAAUAUAUUUUGCAACGAUAGUCUUCGAGGAGCUAUACAAUUGUUGAAUGCAGAAAUUAUACCACAAUACUGUCCACCGAAACCAUCACCAGAAUGUAGAAAGAAAUUAGCAAUAGGUUUGUUUUACAAGUUUAUCUUAAACAUAAAUCCGAUCGGAUUACCAUGUCCGAAGUAUUGUUCUGGUGGGUUCUUGAUAAAGCGUCCACUAUCCAGUGGGAAGCAAAACUUCCAGACAAAUCCAUUACUGUAUCCUCUAAAUGAGCCGCUACAAAAACUAGAAGCGAUUAUCCAAGCAUCGGGAGAAGCGCAAUACGCUAAUGAUAUACCGCCGAAGAAAAGAGAAGUGUUUGCAGCGUUUGUACUAUCUACAGUACAUGCUGGCGAAAUCGAUGUCAUUGAUGCACACGAUGUUUUGGCGAUCGAAGGUGUGCUCGCUCUAUAUACUGCAAAUGAUAUCCCAGGGAAGAAUUCAUUCGGUUUUCCUGGAAUUCAACUACAAUAUGAAGAUGAAGAAAUCCUCGCCAGUUCACAUAUAAAGUUCUUCGGACAACCGAUAGCGAUAUUAGUAGCUUGUACCGAGGCAUUAGCAGUUAAGGCUGCUAGGAAAGUGAAGGUCACUUAUAAAAACGUUCCUAAUACAUCUCCUGUGCUAACCAUAGACGCUGCAAAGACCGAUCCUAGAAGAUACAUGGCUGGAGAUUCUAGUAUAACACCAAAGAGUAGAGGUACUAACGUGACGAAAAUAAUAAAAGGUGUAUAUGAAAUUGGAGCACAAUAUCACUAUUACAUGGAACCCAUAACUUGUGUGGUCAUCCCAGUAGAUAAAGGUCUAGAUGUCUACGAUUCAUCACAAUGGAUGGAUUUAUCACAGAUUGCAAUCGCUCAGUGUUUAGGUAUAAAAGAAAGCGAUGUGCAUUUAAAAAUACGUAGAAUUGGUGGUGGUUUCGGAGGUAAAAUCAGUCGCAAUGUUCAAGUUUCUACCGCAUGCGCUUUGGUCGCUAAAAAGAUGGAUUUGCCGUGUAGAUUUAUUUUACCGAUCGAGACGAACCUUACCAUCGCAGGGAGAAGACUUCCGUGCCAAUGUGAAUAUGAGGUCGGAGUUGACGAUAAUGGUAAAAUUCAAUACUUAGACGCUGUUAUAGUUGAAGAUGAUGGUUGUUCCCACAACGAGAACAUACUGAGUUACACGGCAGAAGGUUUUCCCAACUGUUACAUCACGGAUACUUGGAAAUUGAGCACGGGCAGUGUACUCACUGAUCUACCUUCAAAUACAUUCGCUCGAGCUCCAGGCACAUCAGAAGGUAUCGCCUGCAUAGAGCAUAUAAUGGAGCAUAUCUCAUACGCAGUACAAAGAGAUUCAACAUCUGUACGGCUCGCGAACAUGAGGACUGAAGACAACGAUAUCCCACAACUUAUAGAAGAAUUAAAGAUAGAAGCGGAUUACGACAAAAGAGUUUUAGAAGUGGAAAAAUUUAACAAAGAAAAUCGUUGGAUGAAACGAGCGAUACAAAUCAGUGUGAUGUUAUUCCCAGUUCAAUUUUACGGAAACUACACAGCUAUGGUAUCCAUUUAUAGGGGAGAUGGUACUGUUACUGUCACCACAGGAGGUAUAGAAAUGGGACAAGGAUUAAAUACGAAAGCAGCACAAGUUUGUGCAUACGAACUAUCUAUUCCUGUAGAAUGCGUCACAGUUAUACCUAAUUAUUCUUUCGUGGCAGCCAAUAACGUUUUCUCCGGAUCGAGUAUAACUAGCGAGAGUGUAUGUUUUUCGAUUAUAAAAGCGUGUAAGAUAAUUAAAAAAAGAUUGGAACCUAUAGUAAAGAGAUUGCAGAAACCCACGUGGUUGCAAAUCGUGCAAGCGGCUGGCGCUGAACAGAUAGAAUUGUCAGCUAAAUAUAUGAUGACGGAUAAAGAACCUGAGCUUCAAAGGUACAGCGCAUUUUCGGUGGUUAUUUUGGAAGUGCAAUUAGACGUGUUGACUGGACGAUAUCAAUUGUUAAGAGCAGAUAUGUUAGAAGACGUCGGCUUGAGUACUAACCCUGCGGUAGAUGUUGGUCAAUUGGAAGGUGCUUACGUUCAAGGAAUUGGUUACUUCCUGACAGAGGACUUCGUAUAUGAUAAAACGACAGGGAAAUUGUUGACAAACGAUAGUCUCAACUAUGAUGUACCUCUUGCGAAAGACGUUCCUAUAGACUUUAGAAUAAAGUUCAAAGACAACGCGAAGAAUCCCAAAGGAGUUUUAGGAUCUAAAACGGUUGGGGAGAUGGGUAUUUGCACAGCGCAUGGAGUUACACACGCUUUGAGGAAAUGUAUUUAUGAAUCACGAAAAGAUUCAGGCUAUGAUCCCAAAGAGUGGAUUAAUAUAGCUCACCCAUACAACACAGAGUCAAUAUUAAAGGCUUUAGAUGUGAAAUUAAAUGAAUUUCUUCUAACUUGCAAUAUUCAUGAGGAUUUAAGCAAGAAUUAAAAGUCGACGAAAUAUCAUAUGGAGUGACUUUUUAAAAGAGAAGUUUAAAAAAUGUUUGUGAUAAAAAUUGAUUAUUGAAAAAAAA